UAUAACAUAUUUAUAUAGUUUCUUCAUAUAUAUAUAUAUCUAAAUCUAGUGAGAAAGAGAGAAAACAGAGUUUGCGUAUGAUGAUAAUGGCGGUUUGAAGUGAAAUACUAGUUUUGGAUCCCACAGGACCUACCAUCGGUCAUCGAAGCUCGCUUUUCUGGAUCGUCUUUGUUUGCUGUCAACUUUUCUAAAUUCACUUCUCUGUUUGAAGAGAUAUAUAUAUAGUGAGCGUGAUUCAGAUCGGAAGGAACGAUUCGAUUAUAAUUUGAGUUGAGUUGGAGAAUUUCGAGAAUCUGAAGUGGAAUUAAGAAUAUCAACACAAUUUUGUCGAAUUGACGAGGAAUUUAGCUGGAAGAUCUAUUUAUUAUUAUCUAUUAAUGGAGCUUCCUCAACCACGUCCUUUAGGAAGUGAAGGACGGAAACAAACGCAUGACUUUCUCUCUCUAUAUGCACCUGUUCAACAAGAUCCAAGAACACCUCCUCCUCCACAAGGAAAUUUCCUUCAAACCCAUGACUUUUUGCAACCAUUGAGUUCAAUGGGGUUGAGUAAUGGUAAGGAAGGGACUACUUUAACUACUACAGAGAGAAUAUGGGAGAAGCCCCCAAUUAUACCAGGUCCUUCUCCCCCUCCUACGGGAGAACACUUUCUACCUGGAGGGAUAGGUACUUACAGUAUAAGUCACAUAUCCUUAUGUAACAAGGUACCAAAGGUGGAAGGAAGUGUGUUUACAAUGGCUCAAACUAGUAGCAUCAACAAAAAUGAUGUGAACUCAAACUGCAGUUCUUACCCUGGAAAUGGUUUCACUUUAUGGGAAAGAUCUGCAAUGAAAAAGGGGAAGACAGGGAAGGAGAAUAUUGCAGGAGAGAUUCCUGUUACACCAGAGGCUGGAAUUAUUCUGGGAGAAGGAGAAUGGAUGACAUCGGAGCGACCUUCACAAUCUUCUUCCAACAACAGCAGCAAUCACCAUCUCACCAGUACCACCUACAGCUCUCUAUCUUCUUCACAGCCUUUGUCAGCCAAAAAGAAUCAAAGCUUCAUGGAUAUGUUAAAAUCUGCACAGGUUGCCCAUGAAGAAGAUGAUGAAGAUGAGACAGAGUUUCUCAUCAAAGAGGAACCUUUAUCUCAUCCUAGAAGUGAUUUAAUGAUUGUUGAUCAUGGGAAACGAGAUGAUCAGAAACCCAAUACUCCAAGAUCAAAGCACUCUGCAACUGAGCAACGUAGAAGAAGCAAAAUUAAUGACAGAUUUCAAAGGCUGAGAGAACUCAUCCCUAGAAGUGACCAAAAGAGAGAUAAAGCAUCUUUCUUAUUAGAGGUUAUUGAGUACAUUCAGUUUUUACAAGACAAAGUCCAGAAAUACGAAGGACCAUACCAAGGAUAUGAGCCAUCAAAAUUGGGGCCAUGGGCAAGCAGUCAUAGGCCUCCUGCAGACGAAGUAGAAGUUGCAAACAGUAGCACAUCUCAAUUGAUGUCUGUUUGCAAGAAUGAUGCUUAUAACGAACCAAAGUCAUCGUCAAUAAAUAAUAAUCCACUAAACUCUGGUUUACUAUUGCAUCCGGAUGAGAAUGAAAGUAUGGUAAUGUCUACAAUGAAGACAAGAAUGGGAGUUAAUGCAUCUAAUAGUUCUCCGCCAUUAGCCCAAUUAUGGACAAUGAAAGAAAGUUUAACCGACUCUCAUCAAAAGCACAAGGGUCAAGAACAACAACAACAACAAAAUACCGUUGAAAGUGGUACAAUUAACAUCUCCACUGCCUAUUCUCGCGGGUUAUUAAAUAACUUGACACAAGCACUGCAGAGUUCUGGAGUUGAUUUAACGCAUGCAACUAUAUCUGUUAAAGUUGAUAUUGGAAAACAACCAAAUGGUAUAUUAACAAUCCCACCAAUACCAAAUUCCAAGGAAAAUGUAAACCGACGUGCUAGGGUUGAGGGAAACGAAGCCACGAAGAGACUAAAAACAAGCAACACUUAGAAAUUGAAUGCAGUAUCUUUUUCAACACGUCUUCUUUUAUCAAUCUAAUGUAAUAUGUUGUUAUUUUUUGACUGUCAACGAUUGGGGUGUCGAGGGGUAUACCUUUUUGUACAUGCGACAACAACAGGUUCCGGUUUUCUUAUUUUAUUUAUUCAAGGUAUUUGUCACUUUUAUAUUUUUAUUUUAGAGCCUUUUUU